AUGUCGUCUUUGUCUUGUCGCACCGGUUCUGCCGCCCAUCGGGGAGGAGUGGCAGCUUUGGGAACGCCUGUGCCUCGUUGCAUCCGCUUCCUUUCACGCCGAUGGUGCUGCCAGCUGCUUGCGCCUGGCUCUGGCCACGGCGCCUUAUGGCACUGCACCUUCUGCUGCAUCACAGGGCACUCGCCGGGCCCUCAUGUCAACAGUUCUGAGUUGGACCUCUUGGCAGAGCGUGGUUCCCAAAGCCAGGGUGCUCACUGUGCAGUGGGCGAGCUUGCUGGGCGCAGGGCAGCGUUGGAGGCUCUGGUGGCCGGUGGACAAAGCAGGUUGGAGCUGCCCCUGAGCCUGGGUUCGGUCGCCACAGACGAUGGCUUCGACCGGGUGGUCGACAAGACCUUUACGGAAGAGGUCGGAAUUUUUGAGCGGAUCUCUUCCACUCUGCGCGACGUGACCUACAACCGGCCGGAGGUUUCACACCAGACAGGGGCAGAGGCCAUUGCUUUCAUCGACAACCUGUUCUCCCUGUUUGGCCCUUCAGCGAGCGCUCCUUUUCCGCUGUUGUACGAGCUGUUCACCUCCACUAUGUCACUGCAGGUGGUGCCGGGAGACGAUUUCCUCACGGUGGCCUCAAUCUUGCUCCGCCUUUGCUGCAGAGAUGGUUCCAAGAGCGCUGGCGUCUCUGUUCUUCGCACGAUUGAGCUGAACCCACAGGCUUGGGCCAUGGGAUGCCCUCCUGGCGGGUUACAGGUUGUUGAGGGUUUUUUUUGGUGUAUGUCUGUAUGUCUUGGAAAAGCAGCGCCGGAACUUAACAACUCUUAG